AUGACUCAUCCCUCCCAGGAUGCUGGACCUCAUGGCAUCCAUGAAGAAGGGAAACUCUAUGUUGUGGAUUCCAUAAAUGACUUAAACAAAUUCAAUCUCUGUCCGACAGAAUCGCAACAUCUAUUCCCUUUAGAGGAGAAAAUACCAAACACUGGGACAAAUGCAGGAAAUGGAAACCGUGGUCUGUAUUUUGUGGGGCUGCUCCUGGUGCUGAUGGUCAGCCUAGCUCUGGUGUUCUUCGCCAUCUUCCUAAUAAUUCAAACCGGAAGCCAGAUGGAGGACGUGUCCAGAAGACUGACAGCUGAGGGGAAGGACAUAGAUGAUCUUAAGAAAAUCAACAGCAUGAUCGUAAAGCGGCUCAACCAACUGGACUCGGAACAGAACUAA